GUGACGCUAGCAUGACGCUGCUAGGUGACGGGGUCAAAGGUGAAGCUACAAUCCCACCUCCACCUUCGCUGGUAAAAACCACAGUCUCAUUAGCGUUGGCCUGGCUGUGAUGAGGGGGGGAGGGGCAUAUUCUGCUGAACCUUUGUUCUGUUUCCUUCCUGUCAUCCAUCUUGGCCACGCCCCCUCCCACGCCACAGCAGAAGGGGCGGAGCCAGUCCUUCAGGCCGAUGGCGAGACACGGACAUGUGAAGCUUAAAGGGCGUGGUCAGCUCCCGCUGGACAGAGCAACAAACUCCCAGCAUCCUUUGCAGCAGAAGGGCCAGAGAAACAAAGGUGAGUCCAAGUUGACCUCACCGAAAGGUCAAGAAGGUGUCUGACCUCCAACCACCUCCCAGGCGGCGUGGCGUGCGGAGGAAGGCAGGGCGGCAGCUCCUCCAUCGCCAUGGCAACCACCCCCCGUCACGUGGACAACGCCACACAGACCGACGUCUCCUUCCAGCACGGUGGGAGGGGCUUAGGUCGCCAGGGUGAUGGGGGCUCCUCCCCUCCCCCGCCCAGGGAGCAUCACCAGCUCUGCACCUUGGACCACCACAUGGAGCACCAGGUGGAGCACCAGGUGGAGCACCAGGUGGAGCGCCAGGUGGAGCACCAGGUGGAGCACCAGGUGGAGCACCAGGUGCUUCCCCCAGUGAUGGCGCUGUGGCUCCAGGAGGUGGCGCUCUACAAGUCCAGUCUGGAGGAGAAGCUGGGCCUGAAGGUGUGCUACAGGACGGAGGACGAGGACCACCUGGGCAUCUACGUGGGCGAGGUGGAGCCGGACGGCAUCGCCGCCAAGAACGGACGCAUCAGAGAGGGAGACCGAAUACUUCAGAUCAACGGCCUGGACAUCCAGAACCGAGAAGAAGCAGUGGCCAUUUUGAGUCGAGAUGAUAGCAUCAACUUCUCUUUGCUGCUGGCUCGGCCCGACUUGGAGGACCAGGCAACAGAGCCCACCAGGGCGACCCUGGAGGAACCAGCCUCCUUGGACAUGCUAAAUAAUCCAGACUGCUCCUCCGGUUCUUGGAGCCUGUGUCAUGGAAGACCACCGGAGUUGUCCGGCGGAGGACAACUUGAUGAUGAGGAAGGACAAAAGGUGGAGCGCCCAGUCCCCCUCAACCUGCUGUCCGCCAGCCAAGACCUGGACAGCGGACUGGGUCGCACCGACGACAGCACGCGCUACGAGGAGUCCUCCGAGCACGACCUGCUGGGGGAUCAAACCAGCGCCUGCAACACCGGCACCACCAACACACCCGGCAGCACCCGCAAGUUCCGGCCAGGACUCAGUCCAAGACUAAGUCCAAGACCCAGUCCCGGGUUCGGCCCCAGUCCUGGUAAUGGCCGAGGAGACACGACCCCUCCUUUCCUGCAGCUCUGCUCCGACUUUCUCACUGGACCGGACUGGACAGAGCCAGCCCACCACAAGCCCCGGCCGCACAGGAGUCCUGGAAACACCAUGACCGUGCCCGGCCUGACGGAGGACGAGUGCCGGCGGUACCAGGGGCUGCUUGAGAUCAGGUACCAGUACGAGUACGGGUCCCAGGUCAAAGAGUCAGGUCUUGAGGAGGGGAAAGACGGAGAAGUGAGCGUGAGCGAGCACCAGAUGGCGCUGGUGGAGGAGGAGCUGCGUCACCUGGAGUUCAAGUGUCGCAACAUCCUGCGCGCUCAGAAGAUGCAGCAGCUCCGAGAGCGCUGCCUGAAAGCCUGGAUGAUGGAGGAGACCGCAGGUAUUUUUAUCGACGAUGAGAGCCGAGAGUUGUCAGCCAUCAACGAGCUCCCGGAACGUUCCAAUGACAGCACCUGCGCCCGCACUGCAUUAGUCAGCAGCGGGCAGAUACCGCCUGUCCAGGAAGAAGACCACAACGCAGGCGGACCGCCAACGUCCCCGCCGACGCUCCUAGCCCUCAGUCACCUUCCACCUUUCAACUUCCCCAUCGCUAGCCGUCGUCGAGACCGUGAGAGGCGUCACUCCAAUCUCGGGUGCUCCCUCUCGCCUGGCUCUGGACGGAGUCACGACCAGGGGAACAGCUCACGCUCUAUGCCUUCCACGCCUUCCAAGUUCAGAUCUCUGUCCAGAGAGGCGGACCCAUCUUCUAGGAGGGAUGUGGCUGACGAAAGGCGGGGCUCCAGAACUGAUGCCACUCCUACCAGGCAUGGAGGAGGCAGUGGCAAGUCCAGCCCCUUCUUGUCCCACCAAAGUAGAGUCAAAGCCUUAGAACGCUACCAGAGCUGCAUCGCGCUGCCGUCCGAUGGCCUGGUAGAGCCGCUGGAUCGGCUCUUGAGAGAGAGGGGGCGAGGAGAGGGGGAGGAGAGAGGGGAGGGCACAGGCAGCAGCGGACCUGCCAGUCCCCGCAGCGUGAACAGCGCCCCAUGUGGUCUGGAGGAGCAGCACGCAGCCUCACGGUUGGGACUGGCGUUACCGCUCGGGUUGCUGCACUCGUCGCCAACGUCUACAUCACAGCGCAUGGAAUGGAAGGUUAAGAUCCGCAGCGACGGCACUCGUUACGUGGCCAAGCGGCCCGUGAGAGACCGCCUGCUCAAGGCCAGAGCCAUGAAGAUCAGGGAGGAACGUAGCGGCAUGACGACUGAUGACGACGCUGCCAGUGAGAUGAAGCAGGGGCGAUACUGGAGCAAAGAAGAGAGGAAGCAGCAGCUGCUGAGAGCCAGAGAGAACAGACGAAGGAGAGAGUUCAUGAUGCAGAGCCGCCUGGACUACUUGAAGGGGGAUAGGGAUGCAUCAUCAUCACCGGGUGGCGCUGAAGAGCCUCCAUCUGUUUAUGUACACAAGGACAACAGCAUGCUCCUCCUGAGCCAGAAAAGGGGCACCAAGAAGAGGAAUCGACGCAUCCUGGACAACUGGAUGACCAUCCAGGAUCUGCUGGCUCACGGCUCGCGGUCUCCAGACGGAAAGAAAAUAUUCAACCCGCUACUCUCCGUGACCACGGUGUGACCCAAACAGGACAUAGGUACGGAUGAUUCAGUCUGGACUAGUUUUAUGUUGAAAGAAGAAGAAGAAGAGCUAAGUCGAUGCAGACGUCCACACUGUGGCAAGUCUGCUGUGAUCAAUAUUCUAAUUGUCAAUUGUCUUUAUCUGCAACUCAUUCCGCCAUAGCAGAAACAUCUUUGACAUCGGUAUUCUCAUGUCUGUGUUCCUUCACCAUUCCGUGGCCGACACACAGAACCGUGAUCAGAUAGAAGAACAACUCUUGUAGAUCAGAGCAGAGGAGAUCUUAUGUGAAAUCAACAAAUUCAAUUUGUCUUUAACAUUUCAGGCAGGACUUUCCUCCAGAACUGGAAGUUCAAAUCCACCAUUGUCCAGAAGACUUUAGGUCAAGCCUUAAAAAACAAAACCCCAAUGAAUCUCUACUGUUUCCUUGUCUGCACCUGGAGAUUCUGUCUUGUCCAACAUAUACUACCAACCAUUUGCUGGAAAUGUCAGCACAAAAUCUGAGACAGUCGCAGAGAACACCACAGAGAAAGCACAAGGACUCCCAAGUGAUUCCUAAAGAUCUGGUCCAAUGGUCCGCAUCGUUCCUGGAUCUCAGGUUGGACUAACAGCCAGACUCACCCUUUCAAGUUCUUAAGAAAAGACAUUUCAAGCAAGGGUAUUAUCACUUAUUAGAGGUGAAGCGGGAACCCAAAGUUGGACAUUGAAGUGCACGACGCCCACCAGGCAGCUUCUGUUGAAUGUACAAGGUCACAAGCUGCUCAUGUUCCGGACCAGGUUCUACUUGAGCUCCACUUCAAAAAAUGUUUUUAUUGACUUAAGGAAUGCAUGGAUUAUUCAAUGGUUAAAUAUCAUGCUUCAAAUGUAGUCAAUGUUUGUACUUCACAUGUUGUAGAGUUCUUUUCAGUCAAUAAAGUACACAAGCUGUC